GAAGUACUGACUGCUGAAGAGAACCGCGGAAUUGGUAUAAAAGGGGAACGCGGAUGUCUCGUCUGAGAGUCUUUUGUCUGUCUCUGAACCCCAAGCCAUCGCAACCUCCCUAGACAACAUACCAGCCAGCCAGCCAUCCAUCAUUCACCGGAACCGACCGACCUCAAGAUGCAGAUCGCCGCCCUUACCAGCAUCCUGGCCCUGGCCGCCUCCGCCAGCGCCACCACCAUCUAUGGCACGCUGCAGAUGUGGUAUGACGCCAACGCGACCUGCACGACGAGCACCAUCGUCUCCCCGGUGGGCCAGAGCCUUGCCGUGGGCAGCCUCGACUACUGUAGGACUAUCGAUAACGCCGACUUCCAGAUGUUCGCGGGCGUUCCCCUGACUCCCCUGUUCGGCUUCCAGCUCUACUCCGACGCUGAGUGCACGCAGUUGGUGACCGACGAGUCGCGCAAGUGUGUCACGGGCGUCAAGGCGUACAAGGUUGUGCGCCUGUAAAGAGGUUCAGAUGACCCUCGAUGGCAAUGUAGUCUCCAUCAGCCGUGAAUUAAUCACCGAGAUUCACCUGUUGAGCGAAUAGGACAUGAGGAGGGAGUCUAUGUCUGCAUUCACACAAUCCUUGUGCACGGGGAAGCCUCGGGAAAGGAAUUAUCCGCUUGACUCGGGCCUGAGCAUCGUUGAGGCGGCCGAUCAUGCCGCGAGAUGACUGUAGAGGAUAGGGGCUGGUUUUGAGUCGAGGUGUCCACUUGAUCGACUGAUCACUACUUCAUGUACAUAAAUCCCAUCUUAACAAAUCAAAUGGACUUGGAGCUGCCAUUGAUACCUAGGUACUGGUCCGCCUACACUCAACUUGAGUCAGUCAGCUGUACAGAGUUUUCUUCUUGACAACAUGCCGGUCGUACUGCCGAAGGUUAGAUUGAUGUUCACAACAAAGGGGAUUGAUCUGUGAUUCUCGUUAUUAUACGAUCUUGGCAGUCCAG